UGACUUUGAUGGUGCCAAAGCAUACAAAGACAGCAAGGUUUGCAAUAUGCUCACUAUGCAGGAAUUCCAUAGACGAUACCACGAGGAGACUGGCAUCACAUUUGCCUCUCUAUACCCUGGUUGCAUCGCGACAACAGGGCUGUUCAGGGAGCAUAUCCCCUUGUUUAGGCUACUUUUCCCUCCAUUCCAGAAGUUUAUUACCAAGGGAUUCGUCUCCGAGGCAGAAUCUGGAAAGAGACUUGCACAGGUUGUAAGUGAUCCAAGUCUUACAAAAUCAGGUGUGUACUGGAGCUGGAACAAGAACUCUUCCUCUUUUGAGAAUCAGUUGUCAGAAGAAGCUAGUGACGUUGAGAAAGCGCGUACAGUGUGGGAAGUCAGUGAGAAACUCCUCGGGUUGGCUUAGAUUUUGCGGAUUGAGUUCAACCAUCGCCAAGACGAACAAGAAAAGGGAGCUGAUGAAGGAGAAUUUGAAUGAAGAGUCUGUUUUGUUGUAGUUAAAAGUUGUCACUUUGUAAAAAUUUUGAGUUAGGAAUAAAUAUCACUCAUCCUGUUUUCUUCU